AUGCCGAAGCCGACACGAUUCGUUCCUCGUGAAAUCCGUACAGGUGCGGAUGAUCGAGCCCAUCGAUCACGAUCGACGAUGAUUAAUGUUAAGUUGCUGCAAAAUGCACGAAGAAACGUGAUUGGAUCUGUGACAGAGUUCCCGGAGGAGGGACCCCGGAUCACGGGUAUCAAGCCCUAUUACCACUGGGGCGACUUGGUCCGGGUGAAUUGCACGACGAGGCGAUCGAAGCCCGUCGCCUCCCUCGCGUGGUACAUCAACGGGAAACAGGCGGAGCGGGAGUUGGUCCAGGAGUUUUUCCCGUUCACGGAUCAGACCGGACUGGAGACGGCCGUCCUGGGCCUGUCGUUCCGACUGGCCUCGCCCGACCGCCUGUCGGACGACGUCAUCCAGGCGUAUCCGCGGAUCGUCCUCAAAUGCACCGCUUCCAUCGCCAACGUCUACUGGGAACAGGCGGAGGCGGACGUGAAGAUCCGAGCGGAGUCGCGGGCGAGCCUCCCGUCGAGCAGGGCGCAGGACGCCUCGAGCGUCGCGGAAGGUGAGAUCGGGGAGGAUCUGCGGAGGGUGGAGGAUCUGCGACGGACGGGAGGGCGGGGGGAGAUAGGAAGGAACGGAAAGGGUUCCCCGGGGCAUUCCCUCUCUCCCGUCUUCGUCUCCCUGCUCCUCUUCGAUUUCUACUUCCGAUGCUGAAGAGCCCCACCCCCUCCGGAGGUUCGGGCUCGGAUCAAACGUCGUUCGUGGAUGCAAAUGUGCUGUUCCUCCCCGCCCCCCCCCCCCCCCCCCC